GAGAUCAAUUCCUGGUUUUGCCAGCAAGAUUGGCACGAAACUCAAGCUGACGACAUCUGUAGUGGUUGUUCUGUCAGAUUUCCGAUAGAUCCUUUAAAAGAUAUAUACUCAUUUGGGAAGAAAAGAAAUGGGUUCUAUGUUCAGUGGAAACCGAUUGAAUAAGGAAGAGAUGGAGGUGGUGAUGAACAAGGCCAAAGAGAUCGUCUCCGCGUACCCAGUCGUUGUCUUCAGCAAGACCUAUUGUGGUUAUUGCCAGAGGGUGAAGCAGUUGUUGACACAACUGGGAGCAAGUUUUAAAGUAUUUGAGCUCGAUGAGAUGAGUGAUGGAGGUGAGAUCCAGGCAGCUCUAUCAGAGUGGACUGGGCAGAGCACUGUUCCAAACGUCUUCAUCAAAGGAAAACAUAUCGGUGGAUGCGAUAAAGUGAUGGAGAGUAACAAGCAAGGCAAGCUUGUGCCUCUACUUACUGAAGCUGGUGCCAUAGCAAAUAACUCUUCUCAGCUUUGAUGAGGCGUCUUAGGACUUGGAAGAUUAAGUAUAUGAAGAAGAAUGUUAUGUUUAAAACUUUUAAUCAUGAGACAAGUAUUCUCAUGUAACCAAAUAAAGAAGGAUCCUUGUCGUUGACUCUUUUUUUAACUCUGUUUUGCACGAUAACA